AUGACGUCACCAGCGAUUGAGAAAGAGAACGUCGCUCCCAUGGAAGGAGUCAACACGAAGAAAGCUAAGGAAGUGAAGGUGAAGUCGAAGAAGAAGACUGUUUCCACGGCUCCGAGGAAGAAAUCAACUUCAACUCAUCCUACUUACGAAGAGAUGAUCAAAGACGCGAUCGUGACGUUGAAGGAGAGAACCGGAUCUAGCCAAUACGCGAUUCAGAAGUUCAUCGAGGAGAAGCAUAAAGUGCUUUCUCCUUCGUUCAGGAAGCUGUUGCUUCUUAAUUUGAAGAAACUCGUUGCUUCUGAGAAGCUUGUUAAGGUCAAGGCCUCGUUUAAGCUUCCCUCUGCUAAGCAAUCAUCUCCCAAAGCAGCGGCGGUUACAUCUGCGCCUGUGAAUAAGAAGAAACUUACAACCGCGGCGUCUAAGAAAUCAUCCGCUGCUGUUGCUCGUAAGGUCACUGUUGCGCCGAAGAAGAAAGCUGUUGCGGCGAAGAUCAAGGCUAAGGAGAGACCAGCCAAGGCGGCGAAAACAGCUACGGUUACAUCUCCAGGGAAGAAAGCUGUUGCUGCUAAGAAGAAGGCUCUUGUGGUGGUGGCGAAGAAGAAGAAGACACCAGUGAAGAAGAGUGUGAAGCCAAAGACGGUUAAGUCUCCAGUGAAGAGGGCAUCAAAGAAGGCUAAGAAGUGAAAUUAGGGUUUAAUGUUAGACGAAUAAUUGGCAGUAGCUUAAUCUUGUAAUUCGACUUCGUAAAUAAUAAGCUAAAUCGUUUCAAGAAUGUUUCCAUUUAAUAAACAAUCAACAAAUGUUCCUUACUACUUUUACAUUCAAUUUACUCUAAUAUAAACUCUCUUGUCUUUUUU